UGCCCACAGCCACCGCGCGUAGUCGUGCUCUGUCCAGUUGGCAACACUGCGUUCCGUCCAUUUAAAUGCGUGAGAAAUAUCGAAAUUCAUCGAAGCAUGCUGCCUCCCUUGACAUCGACUAUUUUACAAACGUUUAAAUGGAGAAAAUCCAUGGUUGCAAACUCCCGGAAUUCGCCACUGUUGACGUUUGCAAAACGGACCUCAAAUAAAAUGAUCGAAAUGAUAGUAGUCCAGAUAAUUUAACCGAGAACUCUUUAAAUCCAGAAAACUGCGUUACCGAGAGUAGCUCGGCCUGUUUGAAAUUCCGUGUACUAUUCACCCGGAUACACGCCUGGUUGGUGUACCUGAUUGCCUACAUGCAGUUACAGAGUAAACGAUGGCAAUGGAGCUCCCAUCAUACCUUCCGCAAUUUUUUACAUUGACAUAUUUAUUUGCCUUUUCACUACUCAUUUUUGCAAACUUGAGUUGCAUCGACGGAGUCAGCGAUGACGUGCCCAAAUGCCCGAAGAAUAUGAGCGAUAUUCUGAAAGCAGAAAGAGUUGUACCUGAUGUCAUAGAUAACGUACCAAAACACCAUAUUGACAUUGAGUACAAUCAACACUGCUUCAUAAAUUUCGGGAAUAUGUUGAAGCCCGAGGAGGUUUAUUGGCGCACUUUUGCCAUUGAUUGGUUUGCUAUCGAGAGCAGUAUUUCACGUUCAUGUUAGUUGGGCCAGACGAGCCAUCGCGGGACGCACCCACGGACCGGGAAUUUCUACACUGGUUGAUCGUGAAUAUUCCCAUCGAUGCUGUUAUUUGCGGCGACGAAAGAGUGGAAUAUAUUCCACCGACUCCAAAAAAAGACACUGGCGUGCAUCGGUAUGUCUACGUCGUUUUACAACAGGCUCAUGAUAAGAUGACAUUCGAUGAGCCACAUCUCAAAAACACGUCAAUAGCAGAGCGAAAAAACUGGUCGACGAAGGCGUUCAUGAAGAAGUAUGGUUUCAAGGAGGCUCAUGCAGUGAACUUCUUCAAGAGUGAAUGGCAAGAUCCCAGCAUCACGACGAAAAGUCCAUGGGAUGUUGAAGCACCGAGAAAAAGACGCUUGCGAACGAAAAAGCCGGCUACACUUUGAAUGAAUUCAGCCAUCAUUCUUAUGAAAUAAAAUAAAUAUCACGAAAAUUGA